UGACUAGUCUAAGGAAGUGCUGGAAACAGGACUCUUCUCUAGGGUUAGUGCUCUUUUACCACACUCUAUUGCAUUUUCCAGAAUCUUGGAGAGCUUUAUAGUCUGACCCCUUUAUAGUUGAGAAAACAAAACCUAGACAGAAGAAAUGAUUUGGUGCAUGCUAUAAGCCAGGGGCAAGUCAUCAGUAGAGUUGCCACAGAUGCUUUUUGAAUAUGGGUGGUAAUGAAUCCAAAGGAAGUGGAUGGCCGAUUGGGAUGAGGUAGGAAUAUUAGAAUCAAAAUCUAGCUUUAGGCAAAGUGCUCUCUCUCCACUUGUUAACAUUUUUCAUCCAUUCCUUGGCUGUGCCAAAGAUACAAUGAUUCAUUGUAGACUCAAAUAUUAUGGAUAUCUUUCUUUACAUGGGACUGAAGAACAUGCAGCAAUCUGGCACAAGGGGUAAGGGAGGCAGUGUUGAGAAGUAGAGCCUAGGAGCUAUCAUCAGAGGUGUAGAUUUCAACAUUGGUGCCACCAUUUUGACCCUGGCCAAGGACUUGAUUCCUCUGGACUGUUCAUUAGUGUAUUCAUUGCAUUUAUCCAGUGUCUCCUGUGUUCAGGCACUGUGCCAAGUAGACAUGCAUGAUUACAACAGUGAGGACUACUAUAAAUUAGUCCUUGUAGUACUUUUAGUCUUAAGCAGGAUUUAGAUAAAUAAUUACACAUAUAUUACUUGUACUGUUAAAAAUUAAGUGCUAUGAUGAAGUCCACAGUGUUAAACUGGGCUGCAGGACACAUGACUGCAUUGGGUUGGAGGAGGUGGACAGGAAGGCAUGCUCUGAAGAAAUGGUAGUUAGACUUGAAUCUCAAAAACUGGGAGGUAAAGAGUCGAGAAGAUCAUUCCAAGAAGAUUCAGUGGCAUGUUUGAAGACCUUGGAGCAGGAGGAGCUCUUGAAGAAAUGAAGGAUCAAUUUGUUUUGUAAAAUAUGAAUGAGGAUAUUCACAAGGAUUGUGUUCAGUCAUGGCCUUGGGAUUAAAAUGCUUCCGCUUGAUCCAACCCGCCUCUUGCAGUUACCUUGGAGUCUUGAUCAGACCUGUUUCAGAAGUUGCACUGAAGACAGUGAGUGGAAGACUGCCUGACUGUACCCAACACAUGGUCUAUCAGGCUGUGCCAGUUUGCCAUUUUGCAUCCAAGAAAGCCAAAGCCAAAGGGAAAGGACAGUCCCAAACCAGAGUGAAUAUUAACACAGCUUUGGUUGAAGAUAUAAUCAGCUUGGAAGAGGUGGAUGAAGAAAUGAAGUCCGUGAUAGAAGCACUCAAGGAUAAUUUCAAUAAGACUCUCAAUAUAAGGACCUCACCAGGAUCUCUCGAUCAUAUUGCUGUGGUAACUGCUGAUGGGAAGCUUGCUUUAAACCAGAUUAGCCAAAUCUCCAUGAAGUCACCACAGUUGAUUUUGGUGAAUAUGGCCAGCUUCCCCGAGUGUACAGCUGCAGCUAUCAAGGCUAUAAGAGAAAGUGGAAUGAAUCUGAACCCAGAAGUGGAAGGGACGCUAAUUCGGGUACCCAUUCCUAAAGUAACCAGGGAGCACAGGGAGAUGCUGGUGAAAUUGGCCAAACAAAACACCAACAAGGCCAAAGACUCUUUACGAAGGGUUCGCACUGAUGCAGUGAAUAAGCUGAAGAAGUCAAAGGGCAAGACUUCAGAGGAUACCAUUAGACUCAUAGAGAAACAGAUCAGCCAGAUGGCCGAUGACACCAUGGCGGAAUUGGACAGGCAUCUGGCAGUGAAGACCAAAGAACUCCUUGGAUGAAAGUCCAGCAGGGCCAGCCACACUCCAGAGCCCAGGUGCUGAUGGAUCUCAUAGAUGGCAAAUUGGCCCCUCUGUCACUCCUCCAUUCAUGUGGAAGGCUGGUGCAGUGCUGUCAGUCCACAGGAGGCUCAACCUUUCAGUGGGGCACUCAAACUUGUCAUUCUCUUCCUCUUUCCCCUGCCUCUCCUAUUCUGCUCUGAGCCUUCCAGCAAGAUGGCCCUCAGAGAGCAUCUGCUGCUGGCAGAAGAUCUUCACUCAGGCAUUUGCUUUACAGUGAUGUCGCCAAGCGAUUGGAACCAUUGGCAGCUUAGCACCACCAGCUCAUCACCUUGGAAAUCUCCUCUUCAGACAGUGAGUCAGGCCCUGUCCCUGAUUUUAAACUCUGCUCAGACUCAUGUCAGCUUUCAUCUGUGUCUGGGCCCCUUUGCUAGAGGCUCAUUUUUACCAAGUGCUAAAAUCUAAAUAAGUUGGAAAGAAUAACAACCACAAAGGUGGAAAGGACAGAGUUGGCCUGGAUGAAUGAUUUCUAAGAACCUGUGUAUAAAACAACCAAGACUAGUGCUUUUGUCUCCAGGCCGUUUUCACACAUGCUGUGCUCUCUGCCUGGACCACUGUUCCGCUCCUCUCAGGCCAGUCCUUUUCACCUCGACGUCACAUCCUGUGGAAAGUCUUCUCUCCACUCCAUCUCAGAACCCCAUUAUUGGCUCUCUCUCAUAGCUCAACGUACUGGUUUUAUUUGAACCCUAAUUAUUCUUUUUUGCUAAUUAUUCUGUAUCUUAGCAUAAUACCUGGAACAUGUAGGUAUUCCUAUAUUUGUGUUGUGAAUAAAUUACAUGUAGUAGCUACUCUACAAA